AUGGCUGAUGAUUUAAUUCAUGCCAUUUUGAAUGAUGGAAUUAUUAACUACUCAUAUGAAAACAAAUUUGAAUCAAAAAAUAAAAGACCAUGUCCCUUAUUGAAUUUAACGAUAGCUGACAGAAAAUCAACUCGAAAAUUUCAAUUCGUGUGGUAUUCAAAAUAUAAAUGGAUUACUGGUAGUCAGGUAAGAAAUAAACCAUAUUGUUUUUAUUGCCUAUUAUUAAGAGGAGAUAAAACUUGGAGCCACGAAGUUAUGUCAAAUAUGAAAAAUUUCAAACGAAAAGCAAUCAAACAUGCUAUUUCUGAAAGGCAUCUUAUUUAUCAGGAACAAUUUCAGUUACUUGGUAAAAAUAUAAUUGAUCGUGCACUAUCGGAAGGUCGACAUAAAAUAUAAUGAACACGUUGGCAUUAACCGUCGCUCGAUUAAUUCAUGUUGUGUGUUAUUUGAGGAAACAAUAGUUGGCUUUCUGGGGAUACGAUGAACGAAUAAGCUCAUCAAGUAAGGGUAAUUAUUUAGAGCUAUUAAAAUUAUUAUCGUAAGAAGAACAAAUACUCAAAGAACAUUUUUUGUCUAACUCUUUAUUUAAAGGAACGUCUAUUGAUGUUCAAAAUGAUUUAAUUGCUUGUAUUACAGAUGUUGUAAAUACUAAAAUAAGGAAUGAUUUAAAAAGUGCAAAGUUUGUGUCUAUACAAGCCGAUGUAACCACCCAUGUAUCGUAUAAAUCACAAAUGAGUAUUAUUUUAAGAUACGUCGUUGACAAGAAUAUUGAAGAGAGAUUUAUAGGUUUUUUUGACGUAUCAAAAGAUAAAAGUGCUGUUGGGCUCUCAAAUAUUUUAUUGGCAGAAAUAACCAAUUGGAAUAUAAACGAUAAAAUUAUCUGUCAGACUUAUGAUGGAGUGGCCGUCAUGGCUGGAAAACAAAAUGGUGUCCAAGCCAUUAUAAAAAAAUCUAUCCAAAAGCCAUAUUUAUUCACUGCUAUGCCCAUCAACUGA